GGAACGAGGAGGAAGCGUAGAGAGACGAGAACGGAGAUGGCGGUGUUCUCAGAGGAGGCGGCGAAGUACGUCUGGGGCGGAGCCAUCCCUCUCCAAAUCCGCCUCCACGAAUCGGAGGUCACCACCCUCCCACCACCUCCUCCCGCCCUGGUUCUUGGCUCCCGGAUCGGGUACUUUCCUCUGCUAGUGCCUCUUAUAAAGCCAUAUUUCAGUAGUACUCUUCCUCCCGGCGAGGACACCGUCUGGUUUGACUACAAUGGGUUGCCGCUCAAGUGGUAUGUACCAAUAGGGGUUCUGUUUGAUCUUUUAUCUGCGGAGCCAGAAAGACCGUGGAAUCUAACGGUUCAUUUUAGAGGAUAUCCAGGAGACGUUUUGACACCCUGUGAUAGUGAAGACACUGUGAAGUGGAGCUAUAUUAAUUCACUAAAAGAGGCUGCAUACGUCAUCAAUGGAAACUCUAAGAAUAUCAUGAACAUGGCACAGACAGAUCAGUUUGACCUCUGGCAAUCCUUGGUAAAAGGCAACAUGGAUGGUUAUCUUCGAAUCUCAUCCAGACUUAAGCUUGGACCUGUUGGCGAGGAUUGUUUCUUGAAGCAGGCAUCAUCAUUGCAACCACGACAAGCUAUUGAUGAACCUGACCCUGUUGGAUCCAGUCGACCAAGCAGAAUUCCUGUUCGGUUGUAUAUUCGGAAUGUUGGUGAAUCUCUUGAAGAUCUGGAAGAUGCACCUAUCAUUGAUAGCUGGGACAGAAUUUCUUACAUAAACCGAGCGGUCGAGAUUCACAAGGAAGGAGGCAAUUACAUGACAUUGAAGCAUGCCAUGAGAACGUUACUGCCAGAAAUCUUUGGUGAGGAAGACCCAGAUAACAAAUAUGAACUCAGAGAGGAGGGAAACCAUGAAGCUGGUUCCAGUUUUGGAGAUCCAGAAACCAUCAGUAUGACAAGAAAUGAUUUGGUUGAAGAAACAUCCUUUGGCUGCCAGCGAUCAAGUGAAGCUAGUCUGAUUCGCAUCCAAGGGAUUGAACCUGAUCUGAACAUUCCUUUCUCUUGGGUGGUUAAUAAUCUGAAGAAUCCUGACUACUUUCUCCAUUUAUGUGUGUUCCUCAGAACGUCACCCCGCCAGGCCAAAGCAACAUGACAUGUACAGAGCCCACUAGUCCAGCAACAGUUAUUUCUAUGGGUUCAUUAGUGAGGAUGUUAGUUCUGGUAAAUUGGUUGGUAAAACAUGAAUGAUUGAUUUAUAAUUUAUUAUCUCUCUUUCCAGAAGUCAACUAAGCCAUAAGUAUUGUACAAAUGUAAAAGAGAUCGAUGCCUUUGUGACUCCGGCUUACAAAAUUUGAAGUGUAAAGAGGGAUAUUGUUUGCAUAAAAUUGACUACAUCAAGAAGAUGUUCCAGGAAACGGUUCCUUGUCCAA